AGAAUAAAGAACAACAACUAUUUAGUGUGUUAUAACCAAGAAUUUAGUGUACUAAAUCCUAAUUGCGAUAAAUACAAAUAGUACUUUUCACGUUACCGAGAAGAAGAAAAAAAAAUUAAAAAUCAAUGAAAAAAAGGCUGUUUCAAAGCAAAAAGUAGCGUUUUCAUCAUAUGCAAGAGAAAAAUUUAAAAGUAGAUGCUGUCUGUAUAGUGUAUGAUAAUGCAGGUGUGUAAUAUAAGCCUGGCAGUGUCGGCUGGGUAUUACAUUCUCCUAGGACUGUGGUGGCAUGUACAGAUCACUAAGAAGUACUGGAGCAGCAAACAUAAGAAAACAGAGUUCACAUCAUCUGUAACCUUCCAGUGCUGUGCAAGAUGUAGAAGUGUCCCAGUAGAAGGCUUAUUUAAGUUCCUCUCGAGCGUCAGUAUUUGUGUCAUCAGUGUUUAUCAAAUUAAUAGUGCUCAGAACAGCUCGGAGAAGAAUGAAGCCAUAGGCCAGCUCACAGUGUUCAGUUUGUUUGCUCUGUCUUCAGUCUGUGAUAUCAUAUCAGAUUGUUGUCAACGCAUCAUUUUCCCAGGCCUCGACUAUCUGGUCCUAGUCAUUUGCUUCAACGUUCAGUCAGUGGUGCUCUCCUAUCAUUCAGUCGCAUCAUAUUCUUGGAUGUCAGUCGCCGAUACUUGUGCAAUGUAUGCUGCAACAUUUGCCGCAGUAGCGUUACUUUUAGAGUUUAAAUAUUCUCAUUAUAUCUGGUUCCCGUUGAUUCGUUCAUUCUGUACAGUGGUGCUAGGAACCUGGUUUGCUCACAUGUGCGUUGUUCUGUUGAAACAGAGUGUACAAUCAGAGGACUCGAUCCCGACUUCUACAGAGAAUAGCACUAUCACCAUAGCGCAAGGUGUUCAUUCGUCUAACUUUACUUUUGAUGGGCAGAAAGUUGAAAAUUUAUCGUUAGUGCCAAUGUAUUUUUCUUGGCACUGUCUGUUUAACAUGAAUCUCCUGACAAUUUUGUGGGUAGUGGUAUAUAAACUGGCCAGUAAGAAUUGCUGUGUGUGUAUGCCGGACGAGGAACGAAUAAAUCAUUUUGAGAAUCGUGUACAUUUUGAUUACCACAUGAUCACACGUAUGACAGAUUCUGACUAUGAGGAAUGAUUGAUGAGCAUGUAUGAUCAUACUGUAGUAAGAUUUCAAUUAAGGAAUGAUUUACGAACACAAAUGAUCAUCCGAAUUAAGAUUUGAUUUACUAGCAUGUAUGAUCAUGCAGAAAGAAGAUUUCAAUUAAGGAUGUAUAAUAAUAGUUAAAGGAGCUUUUAAUUAAGGAAUGAUUUACAAGCAUUUACCCUGAAUUCCCGAAAAUAAGCCGGUCUCCAAAAUAAGCCACCAUUUCACUACAUGCAAAAAGGACUCAUAAAUAAGCCGCACUCAAAAAUAAGCCUUCCAGUUUUUAGCUCAUCUGAUUUUUUGAAAAAAAAUUAUGAGUUAUUGUCAUCACUUGAGCGGUUGUCGGCGUCGGCGUUGCCUGGUUAAGUUUUAUGUUUAGGUCAGCUUUUCUCCUAAACUAUCAAAGCUAUUGCUUUGAAACUUGGAAUACUUGUUCACCAUCAUAAGCUGACCCUGUAUAGCAAGAAACAUAACUCCAUCUUGCUUUUUGCAAGAUUUAUGGCCCCUUUUGUACUUAGAAAAUAUCAGAUUUCUUGGUUAAGUUUUAUGUUAAGGUCAACUUUUCUCCUAAACUAUCAAAGCUAUUGCUUUGAAACUUGGAAUACUUGUUCACCAUCAUAAGCAGACCCUGUACAUCAAGAACCAUAACUCCAUCUUGCUUUUUGCAAGAAUUAUUGCCCCUUUUGGACUUAGAAAGUCAGUUUUCUUGGUUAAGUUUUAUGUUUAGGUCAGCUUUUAUCCUAAACUAUCAAAGUUGUUGCUUUAAAACUUGCAACACUUGUUCACCAUCAUAAGCUGACCCUGUACAGCAAGAAACAUAACUCAAUCCUGCUUUUUGCAAGAUUUAUGGCCCCUUUUGGACUUAGAAAAUAUCAGAUUUCUAGGUUAAGUUUUAUGUUUAGGUCAACUUUUUCUCUUAAACUAUCAAAGCUAUUGCUUUGAAACUUGCAACACUUGUUCACCAUCAUAAGCUGACCCUGUAUAGCAAGCAACAUAACUCCAUCCUGCUUUUUGCAAUAAUUAUUGCCCCUUUUGGACUUAGAAAAUCAUUUUCUUGGUUGAGUAUUAUGUUUAAGUCGACUUUUCUCAUAAACUAUCAAAGCUAUUGCUUUAAAACUUGCAACAGUUUUUCACCAUCAUAAGUGGACACUGUACAUCAAGAAACAUAAUUCUAUCCUGCUUUUUGCAAGAAUGAUGGCCCUUUUUAGACUUAGAAAAUCGUGGUUAGGACAAUAUUUCUAUUACACAAAAAAAAUCAGAUGAGCGUCAGCACCCGCAAGGCGGUGCUCUUGUUUUAUCAGUAAUAGUAUCAAUGACUUUGUUAGGACAUCAUAUAUAAUAGCAAAAGUUACCAACGUGUACAUAGCAGAUUUAUUUCUACAUGUAAUAGCAAUAAAACAUACUUUGGAAUAAAAGCACUAAUUUUUUAAAACCCUGGACAAAAUUAAAACCUUAAAAACAAAAAAAUACCUGUCUCAAACACUUCUUGUCAUGUCAGUUCUACUAAUUAACAUGACAGGUCUUUAUAACACAAUGCAGUGUUUAUCACGUAUUGUGUAAGUUAUUCUUACCCGUUGGUCGAUUAAAUCAAAGGUGUAUUUUGUUUGUUAGGCCAGACAAAACUAUUUAAUGGGUAAUUAUCUGUUAGCAUCGGGGUAUUUUCAUUAAGAAAUUGUAACAAAUUGUAACAAAACUGGUACGUCAGAAGUAUAAGUAAUACCGACGUCAGUGUUUUUACUACAAAGCAAAAUAUAUGAUAUCCAUAUCUUCAGUAUAUUGGUACUCGAAACUACGCUGCUUUUUAAACUCUUACUGAAUAUAUGUACUCAAAAGUUUGCCGGACUCAAAAAUAAGUCGGUCUGGAUAAUCAUGAUAAUAAGCCACCAAAUCCUUACUAAAAUUUAAAAUAAGCCGUGGCUUAUUUUCGGGAUUUCAGGGUAUUAUGAUCAUACUGAAGUAAGAUUUCAAUUAAGGAAUGAUUUACUGGUACAAGCAUGUAUAAUCAUACUGAAAGGUUGUUUCAAUUAAGGAAUGAUUUACCAGCAUGUAUAAUCGUACUAAACUCAGAUUUCAAUUAAGGAAUGAUUUAAGAGCAGUUUAACAUCUUUGUCAUUUUGAUGUAAGAUACAUUAGAUGUAUUUAGUGUGUGGAAAGUCAAAGACCUUCACACGUACUUUUGCAUUUCUUUGUUUUCUGUUAAAGAAAUUUGCUUUGUUUUCAUUUAUUUAUUAAAUUUUGUCAUAGAGGGACAUUAUUUACUAAUAAGAUUAUUUUGUACAUUACCCACAAUUGUUGGAACAGCGCAUCUCAUUGGCAUUAUCAUGUUGUAUAUUUUCAUCGAAGGAAAGAGGAUAUGACUGUAUAUAUUGCAUGUUAAAUAGUAAAUUCUAACACUUUUAAGAUUUUCUUUUAUACAAACCAAGAAGGAUUUUACCGUGUAUUGUCUUGUCGAUAAGAACACGUUUUGCAAAAUGACCUACUUUUGGCUGUUUACUCCCUCAUAUUUAAAACUGCAUUUUAUUUCUGAUUAGUAUCUCUUCCUAGUGUAAUUUGAAUGUGUUAGAAUGAAAAUAGAUUUUAGUUUUGCUUGCUUUGUUGGCAAAUAAAACAAGUUUUUUCAUUCAGAUGCAUCGUAAUUAAUCACUCAGGCCUUUGUGAUUAGAUUACUAUGCAUCUGAACUCAAAACCGUGUUUUAUUUGCCAACAAAGCACGCAAAACAAAAAUCUAUUUCCUAAAGAACAUACUAGUAGCAUGCCAUUGUGAGUUUUAUUCACACAGUAUGUAUUGAGAAUAUAUUUUCAGCAUUUUUCAGAUUAUUUUUAUGAACAAAUAUUUUUUUAAUUUACACAUUGAUGAAAUGUUAUGCUUAAAAUAUGAUAUUUGAUACUCAUUUUUCUGUAACUAAAUUCACUUAGAAAUACACAUGUUUCUUUGAGUAGAACAUAAUUAUUAUUAUAGAAAUCUGUAGAAGCGAAAAAAUGGUUGUUUGUUUUAAACUUACCAUUCACAGAUUAAGAAUGAGGAAAUGUUUUGGGUCAGUGAAUUUUUUUUGGUAAUAUACGUUUUACUAUAAAAACUAUAAUAAGUUGCUUUAGCUAAAGACAAACAGCAUUGUGUUGCAACAUGGACAAGUGUAUAUUUUCUAAUAGCAUACAUGUAUAUAUUUUUUAGCUCACCUGAACUUUGUUCAGAAUGAGCCAUUUGUAUAAGUGGAUUAUCUGGCAUACGUUGAUUUGCAUCAGUAUUUGAGCCAUGUCAUGAGAAAACCAACAUAGUGGCUUUGCGACCAUCAUGGAUCCAGACCAGCCUGUGCAUCCGCGCAGUCUGGUCAGGAUCCAUGAUGGUCGCUAACAGUUUCUCUAAUUGCAAUAGGCUCUGAAAGCGAACAGCAUGGA